ACAUCAAAACAAUAUCAGCUGAUAACAGAUGUGAAAAUUUAACAAAGAAAAAUUACAUACACUUGUGAAAAGUGCAUUAAUUUUCGAAAAUUUCUUCUGCAUUGCAUCCACUGUUAUUAAAAAAGUCAUGUAAUGAAAUAACAAUAGAGCAAUUAAAAGCGAGUGGAAGACUUGAGUGUAGAGUUAUAGCAAUUGUUAUAUCGUUGUGAUUUAAAGUGACAUGCAAUUACAUAAAUUAAAUGCAUUUUAUAUUGUACAUAUAGUCAGAUUUGCCGUUGCUAAAAGAUACAGCAAUAUAGUAAUUAGUGUAACACUGAUUCCCUGGAGCAGCGAAAACAAUGGAUGACAUAGAAGCGCAGAUUCAGGAGUACUUCGAAGUGCUACCACAUACCGAAUGCAACUUUCUAAAGAGUUGGCUGCAAAGUUUACAACCCAACAAUAGUAAUAUAGUACCAGCUAAUUUCGAAAAUAUAACACAAUUGCUGCUGAGCUACAUAUACCCCGCUGUGCAAAUAUUAUAUGCGAGUCGAGAAAGAUGCAAACUUCAAAUCAGUCGUGUAUUCACUGAAGUACUACAAAUAUUAUUGAAAGAAAAUUUGAAUGAAAACGGUGGACAGUUCAUUAAUUUCAUUGCAAAUUUUCCGCUAAACAUACUCGAUGGUCCGACGUUACGUUUCAAAUUAAUAAAAACUUUAAUUGCGGAAGUCAGGAGCUCUGACGACGUAUGCCUUGCUUUGCUGGCACGUCAUGAUUCCAAUUUAUUAGUGGAGGUGCUCGAACAAUCACAACAACAUUACCAGAAUUGCUCAAAUGGUGUGCCAAAUAAAGAAUUUAUAUUACAUCAAGCAUUGCGAAAUAAAUUGCAUUUUGCACCGUUGAUUGCAAAGCAAUUAAAAAAUGCUAGUAAUGUAAAAAAUAGAGGUUUACGUAAUAAUUUAUUGAUACUCAAGAUUGCCGAUGAAUUGUCAAAUACUAAACAGACAUUGUCCGAACUCGGCAACAUAAACAAAUGGCUGUCAGAGUAUACCGUUGAUGGAACUCCGUUACAUUUAAAAGAAAUACAUAAAUUCUUUUAUGCUGAUUUUCAACGCAUAGCUAUAAUUUUAGAUUUUCUAAAGCGUUAUACGGAUUUAUAUAAAACAAUAACAUUAGAUGCAAUACUAAAUGGCAGAAGCGUUUUGAAGUUACUGUACGACUAUGACAUUGAUACCAACUUUGAAGAGACGCGCCGCUUUUUGGAAGCCACACGAAAAUGGCAAAUGCAGUUAACAAAUAUGAAAAGCAUUUACGAACUCGAAAUGGAAACUUUAAAUUACUACACAGCGCUUUCAACUGUGUGUGACAUUAUGUUACCCAACACAAACCCAAAUAAUUUGGAUGCAUACUACGAAUGCAAGGUGCAGCAACUAAACGGCAUGCUACGUAAAAUUCUCAAUGUCGACAUGCUGUGUGCUCUAAUUGAGGAUAUUUUCCAAUUAAUAUUCCUACGCUGUGAGCAUUUGCGGCACGCUUCAAACAUUUAUUCAACAGCAUUUCACGCAAAUCUUGGCCACACGGCGGCGCAUUCAAGUGGCGUUAGUAGCACAGCCGAAGCAGCUGUGGAAACACCCACAGCGUCUAUGCGUUCAACGGCACUUUCUGCUGAAAGCGGACGUCAAGGUUUCAUUUGUCGUGGCCCAGCGCUUCAUGCAAUAUUUGCAUUUCUCAAAAAUUUCAUUACCAAAAAAAUACAUUCGGAAGACUAUAAAUUGGCUUCGGGACGUGUGCAGCUACGCUUCCAACGCAUUGUUGAUGUAAUAACGGAGGCACUGUGGAAAUAUGCAGUUUUGCAGAAAUUUGAUAAUUCUCUUACUCUAUCAAGUAGCAAGCAAAAGUUCAGCCUUGAGGCGGAAGAGUUGCUACAAUUGAUACACGCACAUAUCGAUGUAAUAGAGAAGUCUUCUAGUGAUGAUGACAGUCGUGAUCGCAGUAACCACGCUAGUUUGUCGCGUCGCAAAGCAGCGCGUAAGAAACGGCGCGCCACUAUUAGUGUUACCGCCGGCAUUACGCGUCCCGCAGCACAAGCUGGUGAACCCGAUUGUGCCAAAGUUAAUUUAAUGAUUAAUAGCGUCAACGCAGCAGAGGAAACGGAGUGCAAUGCUGUUGAGAAUUUGAAAUCGCGCCGUGAAUUUAAUUGCUUGGCUGAACGUAGUAUUAUACCGCAGAUGUUGGGCUCACCGGAGAAUUUGGCUAUAAUGGCUUUGUCUUUGAAGAAUUUCAGCGAUGUUAAGUUCAUCAUUGAGACUUUUCACUUGCAAGACACCGCACUCAACCGUGAGCUGGUUUUUGUCGAGCAACAACAACAGAUCAAACAGAAAUUGGCAACUAUUUACGAAAACUAUCUGCAGAAGGAGCAAAGCGGUUGCGGCGGUGAUGCCGAACAGCCAGCCGCCACUGUUGAGCAGAUACGGAAUGUCGCGGGCAAAGGUUUCGACGUGUCGCGCAUAAUCAGUGUCAUUGAUACGUUUGCGCUUACGCAACGCAUAGAAGCCACAGUGGAACAGCAGCAACUGUGCCAGCGCUACAUGAACAAUCCGCAAUAUUUAUUUUUGCGCAACUUCGACGCCGACAACUUGAACGCGUUCAUCAUCACCGACUUGGUGCUCAACUUGCCAUUCAAUCGUGAGAUAACCUCAAAUAUUUUAAUGGUUGUAAGGCGACAGCAGACCGUUGGCGCUAGUAGCAAUAUGACGCGUUCACUACGCAAUGAUGACGGCGCAGCCAAUAAGCAGCAAUUGCAUAGUGAUAUCGGCGCCUUAGCACUACUGGAAAGCCUCAGUGAGUGUCUGCAAAUACAGCCACAGCAGCGACUCUGUCGACUGCUCAACGAUAACUACUAUACGUUGAAGCCGCGCAAAUUGGCGCUGGAGUUGCAGCGUGAGCGCGCCUUUCAUGCAGUCUUUCACAAAGUGGACAGCGAAAUCGGACAUAUUGAUGAUUUGAAAACGCAUGCGUCACUCUUUCACGAUCUUCAAGCGAAAUGUAAUUACUAUCAACGUUUCAUCAGCUACGUGCAACAUUUAGCGCAACUUGUGCUGCUGCGUGAUCGCAAUUUGGAGUAUCACACCGGCGCGCUGCUGAAGAUUAACGUCUGCGAUGUCAUCGGCGAAUUGAUUUUCGAAUGCGAUAUGACGCCACUGGAGAUCGAGGCGAAUGUGGCAGCGUUGAAUUUGAAUUUAGUACACGUGAUAGCGUUGAAUGUGUGCCCCGAAAUUGCGGGCAAAUGUGCCGGUGACGUGGGCAAGAUUGCGCGCCGCAAAAUUACGCAACAGAAAGCGGAGAGCAUACUCAACUAUGUGGCAAAUCAAAAUGCACUGCUGGCAUGUCUCUUGCACGGUGUCAUUAAUGCGGCCGGCGUGUCGUUGUCCGCAAAUAAUUUGAAUACAAGCUUUCUACAAGCGCUACUCGAGCUGGAGGAGAUCGAGCGCGUCGCAACGCUCUUUAAUGAUAACAAAUUUGUGGCCGCCUUGCGCUCCGACUACGAUCCGAGCAAACUGGUUGCAGAUGUGGCGCCAAAAAUGACACAAUUGCAGCUGCAGACACUCGAUUUGGGUUACCAACCGAAGGCGUUGCAGCAUAGACGCACAGAUCAAUUGCUAUUGCAGCUAAUUGAAGAGGAUGCGCGCAACAUACGCUUGGCCGGUGGCAUACAAGAUGUGGGCAAGCGCGCCAAGCUGAUACAAGCCAACUUCACGAAAAUUGCCACCACACGCCUGGCCAAAGAGUUAAUUGAGAACACGCUGCAAAAUCGGCAAGCGGCCAAACGCAUACCAGUCGCGUUGCGCCAACAACUUGAGGACACUUUGGCAGAUAUUACAAUUUAUGCAAAAGUCUCCGAGGUAUUGCAAUUCGAGACAUGGCCACAAGCCUAUAAUUUCGGCAUGAAGACACCAACCGCAAUUUUCGAGAAACUCUUGCAAACGCAUUUAUAUAAACUCUGCUAUAAUUGGUGUCGUGUGGUGAAGCUGGUCGAACGCUUUGCCGCGCAGCAGCAACGCUUUUUGGAUGUGCUACUCAACGCGCUGCUGGAAUUGCAUGACGAUGUCAGUUGUGGCGGCAGUGGCAGUAGCAGUGACAGCAGCGCAAACGAUGGCGAAGUCAACAAAUACUUACUAAAAAUACUCGAGACAUUUCCCACAGCCGAUGUUGCCAAUUUCCUAGACACACACAAGGAUAAGUUUCGCACAGUUCACUUAAUGCGCUACACCGUCGACUAUCUGACGCGUUACAAUUCGCACGAAAGUCACAGCUAUCGAAAUUAUAAAAUUUCUUUGGUAAUUUUCGAACAGCUAACGCCCGGUGAACUUGCACCAUUUUGGAAACUUUUCACCUAUCCACUGUUGAUCAUUGAACAGUUGGUGAUGAAUACCAAAUUCGAAACGCUCACCAAAGUGCUGAACGCCGUGCGUACGGCGCUCUCACAGUCCGACGUUGCCGGCACACAAAUGUGCGCCUUCUGUUUUGAUAAGCGCGGUCACAUUUACGAUAUACAUACGCGCAGCUCGAAUUCGCCGCAUAAGGUGAAAUUCCAACUUGGCACCGAUAUCGGGCACACCAACAAUUCGGCGUUCAUUUUGUUGAAUUUCAAUUUAUACCAGAAGCAUCAUGUCAUCACCAAUGAGUGCAUUGAUUUGUUGUUGCGUAUUUACGGCACGAAGGCGCUGGAUUAUCACGUCUCGGAUGUGGCCUCCUCCUCGGAGCGCAUCUCACAGACCACCGACAUGCAACAGUCGUUGGAUUCGCUUUGCGGCGCCUUUCAAAUGCCCACGUUGCCGCCGACGCGUGAGGAUUGGGUGCGCGACGAUGAUGCCACGCACUGCAUGUGCUGCCAUCGUGCCGCCUUCACAAUGCUCAUGCGUCGUCAUCAUUGUCGGCGUUGUGGGCGUGUUGUUUGCUUUGCCUGUUCGGCGCAUCGUAUGCGCAUACCCGAUCUGUACGAAGAUGUUGAGGUGCGCGUUUGCAACGAUUGCUUUAGUAAAACGGAGGAGGUGCAACGCAGGCGUACACAGGAUGCGCAUGCUGUGGCGAAGGAUGGUAUGCAGAAUAACGCCGGCGGUGUUGGUAAGCGUGCACGUGAUAGCGAUGUAUAUAAAUGGCAGCUUUGCGGCAAUAUUACGCAUGAUAAACUCUUGCGUGAGGAAUUCUGCUAUGAGCAUGCGCCCAGCGUGGCGUUAUGUCUCUCCAUACUCGCCUUCCAUCAGGGACAGCAAAAAUGUGUCGAUCUGCUGUUGUAUCAUUGUCAUAAAUUGGAAAAGCUAUUUGUGCCAAAUCCCGAGGUGGACUAUGAGCUGGUCGCAAAAAUGAUGAACUGCCUCGCACUGGCCGCUAAGGUGCGUGGUGGCCCUCCAGAAAUUGAAACCAUACGCGAACAUUCAAUGAUCAUCAUGUCGGUGGUGCAAAAUGGCUGCGAGUCGUUAAUACCGCCAGGUCCGCUCAAUAAUCACAGCUUACGCAAGCUGGGCGACUCGCUGGUGCAGGCAGAGAAAUGGGAUUUGGCAUUUGAGGUGCAUCUCAAGUGUGGCUUUCCCACCGUCGGUGUGAUGGCGGCGCAUGGCUUGUCUUGUUUGCGCGCCGGCUGCUUUGACACGGCACGCGAGAAGUUCUCCUAUUGCAUGACAAAGUUGAGUAGCGAGUACAUGAAUGAGAAAAUAUGCAAAUACAUAAUGUCCACGACAACUACGGACACGGACACGAAUGACAAUCCCUUCGAAUCGCAUACCCAUGAAGUGGACUUACAAACAACUAAACGGCCACAACGCGGUCCGCCGCUACUGCAAGAGAUUGUGAAAACUAUAGAGAGCACACCGUGCCUAAAACCGCAGCCGGAAACAUUGAAGCGCGCCUCACUCAUACGCAGCUCGAAUACCUCACUCGCCUCCAUGUUGUCGCGACGCAAAGACCCAUGCCCUAUACGCAUGCACGAGCCCGCCUUGGGCAUACUCAACACACUCGCCAAUUUGAAGCACAUCGCGAAGGGUCAGUACAACGAACUGCACAAUAAUCUCAGUGGCACUCAUGCAAAUUUGGACAAUAAAUCACGGCAGUAUGUGCAACAUACGCGCGGUUUCGAAGAAUGCCUCUACUAUGUGCUCACCUAUGGCUCACACACGGAUGUGCUGCAAUUUCUCAUGCGCCAACGCGAACUCAACGCGGCGCUCAAGUAUUUGCUGCAACAAAAUCUCGAAUCGGAUUACUUUAUACACAAUAUAUUUCUCGUCUCGCUGCGCUAUGGCAAUCUGCCGUCACUAAUAGAGCACAUGCAGAGGAUGGACGCUAGUUUGGGCAUAUGGCGUGUGACGCUGCUGCAGACCUGCCACUAUUUGGAGACACAAAAUCAUCUCAACUCGCUCUAUCAGCUGCAGUUGCUGCUGCACGAUCCUGUGCGCGCCAGCAUGACCUGCGUACGCUUCUACUCGGCGAAUUGUGAGAAUUUCCAACAUCUGCACGCGAACGCCAUGCAUUUGCACAAUGCGCAACAGCACUUGCAAAGUCAGCUGGAGCUGACGCAGUGGGAUAAGGUGAAUUUCGAGCCAUUUCUGCGCAAUCGGAAAAGCUCGUUCGGCAGUCGGCGCUCGAGUGUGAGUUCGGGUGCGAAUACACCGGCUACGAAUAUGAGCUUUUUAAUGCAUAUGGAUGCGCGCGCGCUCAAUAGUCACAUCAACACGAUCUCAAUGCAAUUGGAAGUGGCGAAGUUCUUGGCGCAUUGCGAACGUGAGUUGAGUGCGCCCGACGAAGUCAACACUUUGAAAAUGCUCAAACAGUUACGCCUGGACAACUCGGUUAAAUUAAAGUUGCCCACGCUCUUCGAUGGCGCUCAGGAGCGCAUACAAGUAUGCAUAUUGAUUUUGCUGUGCGGUAAGAAUAUCGAGGAGGGUUUUGGCUUAGCCUACAGAAUUAUACACCACUACAAGCUGCCGGAGGUGAAAGUAUUCGGUGCGUCUGCCAAAUUUCUUGCUAGCAACCAGCGCAUUGCCGAAGUUGAAAAGCUAAUAAGCUGCAUAACUUCAAACAAUGGCAUACAGACGCGUGAUAUUGAUGAAAUUCUAUCGAUUGCCGUCAACUCGGCUUGCAACUGUAAUGACCCGGAGGUAAAAACUGUACUUGAUAAUCUCGUCAAACGCAUUCACAGCGUGGAAUUGCGCAUAUCUUGUCACAUCUUUAUUGGCCAGCUGAAAUCGGCAUACCUCUUAGCGAAUAAGUACGAACGUAUUGGUGAUAUUCGUCGUAUACAACGACAAGCCGAACUCACAAAUCAGGUGCACAUUAAGAAAUUAUGUGAGAGAAAAUUGAGUGUGAACGCCACAGCGCGCGAAUGAAGUGCAUACAUACUAUUACAUACAUACCAAUGUUUUUUUAUUAACAUCUCGACUGAUCAGUAGAACAAGUUUACCUUCAUACAUAUAUACAUACGUAUUAACAUAUUAUUAUAAAAAAAAAUAUUUUAUUGUGAUUCCAUAUAUUAUUUUUAACUCAUAGUAAGAUUUUACCAAAUUUAUACAUACUUACAUACAAGUAUAUGUAUGUACAUACAUCGAUUUACGUAAUAAAGUAUAGGCAAUUUUAUAAAUUUAA